AAAGCUUGUAAAAAAAAAACUUUGUUUUUUUAAACCAAGCUUUCCUAAAACCCUAGCUCCAGAAAACCCUGAUUCUCUUCCCCCGCCUUCUCCCACUCCUCCGGAUUUUGUCGGCAUCCGAACACCAUGAACUACCGCUUCCAGAACUUGCUGGGCGCUCCUUACAGAGGCGGCAACGCCGUCGUUACUCAGAACACGCAACUAAUUUCACCCGUCGGUAAUCGUGUCUCUGUCACCGACCUCAAGAAGCACCAGACCGUGACGCUUCCGGUCCAGUCGUCUUCCAACAUCUGCCGCAUCGCCGCCUCCCCCGACGGAACUUUCCUCCUCGCCGUCGACGACAACAACCGCUGUCUCUUCAUCAACGUGCCUCGCCGUGUGGUUCUCCACAGAAUCACGUUCAAGGACAAAGUCGGUACCUUGAAGUUCAGCCCUGAUGGUAAGUUCAUCGCUGUGGGAACCGGUAAGUUGGUUCAGAUAUGGCGGUCGCCGGGUUUCAGGCGAGAGGUUUUCGCGUUCGAGUUGGUUAGGACGCUUGCUGAUUGCGAUGAUAAGGUUGUCUCUUUGGAAUGGAGCUUGGACUCCGAGUAUCUGCUUGUCGGCUCGAAGGAUUUGACGGCUAGGUUGUUUUGUGUGAGAAAGUUGAAGGGUGUCUUAAAUAAGCCGUUUUUGUUUCUGGGUCAUAGAGAUUCUGUCGUGGGUUGCUUCUUCGGUGUUGAUAAAAAGACUAACAAGGUGAACAAAGCUUACACGGUUGCACGCGAUGGUUAUAUACUUAGUUGGGGUUACAGUGGACAAGACAGUAGAGUGGAUGAAUCAGGUAAUGGUGGCUCUGAACCACUAUCCCCUGGUACUCCAGAGAGAAACGAUAAGGAGAUGUUGGAGAAUGAUGGUAAUGGCACUGAGUUGAAGAAAAGGAAGGAGUUUGACGGUAAGGAUCGUGAUGCAGAGGGACAUGAAGAAGACGAAGAAGAGCAUUUGCAUAGAGGGAAAUGGGUUUUGUUGAGGAAGGAUGGGUUUAAUCAGGCAUCGGCUAAAGUGACAGCCUGCGAUUAUCACAGGGGGCUUGAUAUGGUGGUGGUGGGGUUCUCUAACGGGGUUUUUGGGCUUUAUCAGAUGCCUGAUUUCAUCUGUAUCCACCUGCUGUCCAUCUCAAGAGAGAAGCUAACUACAGCCAUCUUUAAUGAACUUGGGAACUGGUUGACUUUUGGCUGUGCGAAACUGGGGCAAUUGUUAGUCUGGGAAUGGAGGUCUGAGAGCUACAUACUGAAGCAACAGGGUCACUAUUUUGAUGUUAAUUGUGUAGCUUAUUCCGCCGAUUCACAGUUCUUGGCAACUGGGGCUGAUGAUAACAAAGUCAAGGUCUGGAAUGUUUCAUCGGGAUCGUGUUUCAUCACCUUCACAGAGCACACUAAUGUGGUCACUGCUCUUCAUUUUAUGGCUGACAACCACUCCCUCUUAAGCGCAUCUCUGGAUGGCACUGUUCGUGCGUGGGAUUUUAGAAGGUAUAAGAACUACAAGACAUUCACUACCCCUACGCCCCGACAAUUUGUUUCCCUAACAGCAGACCAAAGUGGCGAUGUGGUCUGUGCAGGGACACUGGAUUCGUUCGAGAUUUUUGUAUGGUCAAAGAAGACGGGGGAGAUUAAGGAUAUUCUCAGUGGCCAUGAGUCUCCUGUUCACGGGUUGAUGUUUUCACCUUUAACGCAAGUCUUGGCUUCGUCCUCAUGGGAUAAAACUGUUCGGCUGUGGGAUGUGUUUGCCGGGAAAGGAACUGUCGAGACAUUUCAGCACAACCAUGAUGUCUUAACACUCGCGUUUCGGCCAGACGGGAAGCAAUUAGCUUCUAGUACGCUCGAUGGGCAGAUCCAUUUCUGGGACACCAUUGAAGGUGUCUUAAUGUACACCAUAGAGGGCCGCAGAGAUAUAGCUGGAGGACGCCUCAUGACUGACCGCCGGUCAGCAGCUAACUCAAGUUCUGGAAAGUGCUUCACGACGUUGUGUUAUUCUGCUGACGGAAGCUAUCUUCUAGCUGGAGGAACCAGCAGAUACAUCUGCAUGUAUGACAUCGCAGAUCAAGUUCUCUUACGCCGGUUUCAGAUAUCACAUAACCUCUCGUUAGAUGGAGUUCUCGACUUCCUAAACUCGAAGAAGAUGACAGAAGCGGGACCAAUGGAUCUUAUUGAUGAUGAUAACAGUGAUGCAGAAGAUGGAAUUGAUAGGCAGUCCCGGGGAAACUUGGGCUAUGAUCUGCCUGGAUCAAUGCCCAAUCGUGGAAGACCCGUUAUCCGGACAAAAAGCCUCAGCAUUGCUCCAACGGGAAGGAGUUUUGCUGCCGCUACAACAGAAGGAGUUCUAAUCUUUUCAAUUGACGAAUCCUUCAUCUUCGAUCCCACCGAUCUUGAUAUAGAUGUUACACCAGAGGCUGUCGAGGCUGCAAUAGAUGAGGAUCAACUGAGCAGAGCUCUCGUUCUCAGUCUGCGUCUGAACGAAGAUGCCCUCAUCAAAAGAUGUGUUUUUGCUGUUUCCCCUUCCGAUAUAAAAGCGGUUGCGUUGUCAGUCCCUUGGAAGUAUUUGGAAAGGCUGAUUGAGGCAUUGGCCGAUCUGCUUGAGAACUGUCCCCAUCUUGAGUUCAUACUUCACUGGUCUCAGGAAAUCUGCAAAGCGCAUGGGAGCUCGAUUCAGCGAAACUACAGAAACAUGCUUCCAUCGCUGAGAUCGUUGCAGAAGGCGAUCACGAGAGCUCACCAAGAUCUGGCAGACAUGUGUUCUUCCAACGAGUACUUGCUUCGUUACUUAUGUUCCGUUGGAAACAAGAACUGAUUGGCUCAUUUAUCAUCAUUGUUUGUACAUCAUUCGUAGGUUUCUCCAACAUUUUUGUCACUAAAAUUUUGACGCUCUGUUAACGAUUCCAACACUUUGGCGAAAAAGUUCUCCUGAAAGAACUCCAGUGUUACAGUUAAUGGGUCAGAGUUUUUCCCUUUUUGUUUCCUCAA